AUGAAGGGUAAAAAAUUACCAGACAAUAAUUAUGGUAGUACACUAGCAAAAGAAGAUGAAGUUUUGAGACUUAGUGAAACAACUGCUAACAAGGCAAUCAACAUUUACCAAGACUUUUUAAAUAAAUACACCGCCGCAGAGGUCGAAAGAAUUCUCGCAAAUGAAUUAACGGACAUUCACCAACUUUCUGAACCUAACCCAUUAGGAGAAGCUAUUCAAGAAAUUUCGGCUGAGAUUGCUGAAAUAAUUAGGGACGCUGGGCAUAUCGGAAUUGACCCAAUUCGCCAUUUUGUCAGAGACGGAGAAUUUUUGAAACUAAUCAAAGAAGGCAUUAACGGCACAAGGAAAAUAAGUCCUUUAGAAACUUUCACAAGUUUAUUAGAAACCGGUCAAGUUGAAAUAAAAUGCGAAAAUUUCACCGUGGCAUCACCAAUUGAAAGCAAAAGUUUUGGGGACCUUCCUCCCUCUUCUUCUGCUACCAGCUCGUCAGACCCUAGAAGGCACACUAUCGCUUCCGGUAAAGACAUAGAUAAAGAGUUAGCCCAAGGAAAUAAAACCGGCACCCUCAAAGAUUUACUAGCCCAACUGAAAAUCGCCACUGACGCAUUAGACGCCAGCCUUGAAGACACACGCGGCGGUCAAGACGAAGAGGAUGGCGAAAGAACCAUUGAAACAAUUCAGCAAGAAAUGGAAGGUCAUUAUGAAAUAGAGAAAAUUUACGAAAAAACAAUCACAAAUUUAAGAGGAAAAAUAUUGAGAGCCAAUAAAGAGUUAGAGAAAGCCAAUAAAGUUAUUAUCAAAUAUGAAGACAAAAUUAAAGAAAAAGAUGACCAAAUCGACGCAUUGAACAACAAAAUAACUAGUCUUAGAACAGAAAAAACAAGAUUAGGAAAUAGAAUCACCGAACUAGAAGAAGACCUGGGAGAAGAAAAGAAAAAUUUAGCUGAUGCCAACCGGAAAGUUGAAAGUUUAAAUGAUGAAGUUAAACAACUUAAAAAAGACCUGAAAAAUGCCGAAGCCCAAAAUGAAGCAAGCAAUGAGUUAAUCGACAGAAAAAAUGACCUAAUCAGGGAACUUGAUGAACUACUUGACAAAAUUAUAGACACAGAUGAGAAAGACGUUCAAAGCAUCAACCAGGACAAAAAAAAAUUAGCCCAACAAAAAAAUUUUUUUAUCAAUGGUUUAUUUUUACCCGUAAUUGUAAAAAAUAAAGAUAAUGAAAAAGUAUUUGACAAAAGAGCAGCUCAACAAAUCAACAAACGACUAGAAUUUUUGAAUCAGAUUGAUAAAACCUUUAAAAUUUUUAAAAAAGAGGGUGAUGAAAAAGGCGAUUUUGAUGAAGGCGAGUUAAAAAAGUUGCUUGACCUCCUAAACGAAAAUAUUGCUAGUCAUAAUAAAAUUAAAGAAAUCAAUAGUUCAAUGGUUCAAACCUUGAUAAGUAAAGGUGUUGAAGAAAAUAGAAUUAGCAAAAUUGCUCAAAAUAGCACUAUUGAAAAAUCUCUCCAAGCAGUUGAAGAUAAUUUGAGUGUAUUAACUACUAAAUUGAAUAAAAUCAAAACCAAAAUCUUUGGGCUUAAAGAAAAUGAUAAUUUACCAAUUGAUUGGAAAGAACAAAUUUUAAAAAUCCGCACCGACUUAACCACCGCCAAAACCAGCACCGAAACCCGUUUAAACACUUUAGCCCAAACCAAAGUACCGGGGGCUACUGACGCUGAACGCAACGCCGCUUUAAAAACCUGGUUAGGCAACAACGGCACUUAUUUACAAGGAGCCACUACCGCCGAAGAGUUAAGCCAACGCAGCGAAAAGAUUGUGGAAGGCAUUAAAGCCCUCGAAGCCGACUUAACCACCGCGAAAAACACCGAACAAACUAACAUUGAAAACGCCCAAGAUUUAACCAAUACUAACCUAAAACAACGAGUAAGUGAUGCCGAUUUAAAAACUUGGUUAAAUACUCACCCGCAAAAUGCCGGAAUUGCCGCUGGAAUUGGGUUUAUUCGCCAACAGCAAACUACUGAUAUAGACGCUGCUCAAAAAGCUGCUCAGGGAGUAAUUGAAGCCUUUCGUGAUAAGCAGGAUAUUAAAGAUAAUUUAGAUAUUUUGAAUUCCCUGGCUAGAUUAAUUAUUGCCAAGCACAGUAAAACCACAACCGACCCUAGUCAAAUAACUAAUCUCCAAAACCAAUUAACGAAGGAAAAACAAGAACAUCAAACCACUAAAUCAGCUCGCCAAAAAGCCGAACAAGACAGAGACCAAGCCCAAAAAGAACGAGACGCUUACCAAACUCAAUUAACCCAACAAGAACAAAAAAUAGUCCAACAACUAAACAAUUCUUUCAAACUUGGUCUAGACAAAGAAGAAAAAGACCUCAAUAAAGCCAUUACUAGAAUUGAAAAAUUAAUCCAAAAACCGCCAAUUACUCUUGGUUAUGAAACUAUUAAAGAAGAAUUACGCCAGGCUCAACAAACUAUUACUAAACUAGAAAAACAAUUAACCGAAAAAACUCCUUUUGGCGAAAAUAUCAAAGAAAUUAUCCAAAUUGACGAGAAACUACUUAAUGAAAAUCAGGAAUUAAAAAUUGAAUUAAAUAAACAAGCAGCCGAUUAUCAACAAUUAGCCAAAGAGCGGAAUAAGUUGGUGCUACAACAAAUCAAAGAUAUUAACAUAGAAAGCAUUAUUCAACUUGUCCCCCAAGCCAAAAAAGAAGCAAUUAAGGAAAGCAUUGAAAAAACUAAUAACUAUGCUGAGUUGGCUAGCGAAAGAAACAAAUUAAUUAGCAAACAUAUUAACCAAAGUUUAGCCAUUACUCCGAAUAUUGUAUCCCAAGUUAAGACCCAAGAAAAAGAUGGCUAUUCUGCUUGUCAAUUAGCCUUUCAAGAAUGUCGAACCAAAGUCUUAAAUAAAUCACAACUUGGUCAUUUAAACAAAAAUAAAAUUGCUGCUCAUAAACAUUUACGGGAAGCAAAAGAUAUGACUGGUUUUUCCGUCGGUUCGCAGUUAGACGCCUCGCUUUUUCAAGAAAAGGAAAGAAUUAAAAUUACGGGUGUUUCCAAAGGAAAAGGAUUUGCGGGAGUAAUUAAAAGACACGGCUUUGCUCUCGGUGCCAUGUCGCAUGGUGGUGGUCCAGUUCACCGUUCAAUGGGUUCGGCUGGUGGUGGUCGGGGCACCCGGCAAAAAGUGCCCAAAGGGAAAAAAAUGCCUGGUCAUUUGGGAAAUGAGCAAGUAACUGUUCGCAAUCUCCUCAUUGUCAAAAUUUUUCCCGAAAAGCAAUUAAUUCUAGUAAAAGGAGCCGUUCCUGGCCAAAUAGAAAUCAGCCAAAGGGGUAAAAAAGAAGAGCGAAAGUUGGAUGAAUACUUUACCAAUGCUUUACUGCCGAAAAAAGAAAUUUUGAAACCCUUGGAAAUCUUAAAUAAGCAAAAUGAUUAUGAUUUGAAAAUCCGCAUAGCCGGAGGAGGGACAACUGGACAAUUAGAAGCGAUUAGAUUAGGAAUAGCCAAAGCCCUUUUGGCAGUUUCUCCGGAAUACCGAACUACUUUGAAAGGAUUUGGUCUGUUAACCCGGGAUGCCCGCAAAGUAGAAAGGAAAAAAAUUGGCUUAAAGAAAGCCCGAAAAGCUACUCAGUAUUCCAAACAAAGAACAAAAAAAAACUUACAAGCCAUUGGUUAUAGCCAAUUAACGGAUAUUCAAGAAAAAGUUAUUCCGCUAAUUUUGGAAGAGAAAGAUAUCAUUGCCCAGUCCCAAACUGGCACUGGAAAAACAGCGGCUUUUAUUAUCCCCAGCUUGGAAAAAAUCGAACCAUUUGCUAAACCCCAAAUUUUAGUUUUGGUGCCAACCCGGGAGUUAGCUUUACAAGUUAGUGAAGAAACGAAAAAAUUAUCCCAAGUAAGCAAAUUACGGGUACUUGCUGUUUAUGGUGGCACCUCCAUGGAAAAUCAAUUACGCUCAUUUCGCUCGGGUGUUGACGUAAUAAUUGGCACGCCGGGGAGAAUAAUUGACCAUCUCCGAAGGAAAAGUUUUCAACCGGCUAACUUGAAAUUUGUCAUUCUUGAUGAGGCUGACGAAAUGAUUGAUAAAGGUUUCUUGGCCGAUAUUGAAAAAAUAAUCAAAAUGACCCCGGCUAGUCGCCAAACCUUACUUUUUUCCGCUACGAUUACACCACCAGUAGCCAAGUUUGCCAAACUUUAUUUAAAAAAUCCGGUACGAAUUAGCGGAGAAACAAAGAAUUUGCUCGAAAAUCACAUUGAACACUAUUACUUAGAAGUGGCUUCUCGGAAAAAAAACUCUCUUUUAGUUGAUUUUCUUCGUCUUCAUAGUUCCGAAUUAGUCAUUGUUUUUGUGAACACCAAAAGAAGGGUGGAGCAAAUAAACGAAGUGCUAAGCCGAGAAAAUUUAAAAGUUGACUAUAUUCACAGUGAUUUGUCCCAAGCCCGCCGCACCAGGGUUUUUAAUAAAUUUAGAACUAAGCAAAUAUCUUUAUUAAUUGCUACUGAUGUGGCAGCGCGGGGAUUACACGUUAACGACAUUGCUUACGUUAUCAACUAUGAUUUUCCCCAAAGUUCCGAGUUUUACAUUCACCGAAUUGGUCGUACCGGCAGAGCCGGAGCCAGUGGCAAAGCGAUAACUUUUAUUAGUUCCCCCAAAGAGAAAAAAAUGUUGUUUGCCUUGGCUCGGCAAAAAGGAUACAAAGUUGAGCCACUAAAUUUACCUGACAAAAGCCAAAUCAGCCAAAUUUUAGAAGAUAAAUUGCUGAAAAAAAUAAUCAAUAAUAUAGAAAAGACGGAAGUUAGUCAAAACAACAAGGAAAAAGUCAAAAAAUUAAACGAAAAGUACGGGGCUGAAAAAGUGGCUAACACUCUCUUUAACUUAUUAGCCAAAGACGAAAUGCAUUAUUAA